UGUGUUUCGGCUAGAGGAAAUAUGGCACGCGAGGGAGACGAUGGGUUAGGUUUGAGUUUGAGCCACAAUCCGCUCACUCUCUUCACGUCUCCUUUGCCCUUAUCGUCAGGAGCUGAUGAAUGUGGAGGAAUCGAUGUGAUCGAGGAAGUGAUGGUUUCUUCGAGAGAGGGCGAGAUCGACGAUAGAAAGAAGCUCCGGCUGUCCAAGGAGCAGGCGGCGGUUCUGGAGGAGACGUUUAAGGAGCAAAAGACUGUUAAUCCGAGGCAGAAAAUGGCGCUGGCGAAGCAGCUAAAUCUGCGGCCUAGACAAGUGGAGGUGUGGUUCCAAAACACAAGGGCAAGGACCAAGUUAAAACAAACGGAAGUUGAGUGUGAGUAUAUGCGGCGAUACUGUGAGAAUCUAACGGAGGAAAACAGACGCUUACAGAAAGAGGUGAACGAGCUGAGUGCAUUGAAGCUCGUUACGAAUAUGAGUCCUCCGCCUCCAACAACCCUCACCAUGUGCCCCCAGUGUCAGCACCACCAGAGGCCGCCCACUACCCCUCACCAUGAGUCAAGUUGAGAGAUUUUAUGAAAGUUUCGCAAUGUUUUUUUGUAGAUGAUGUAGUUAUAACAGUAUACUCAUGUCUAGUCAA